GUGGCAAGAUCUUCCAGGACUCUGUGCACCAAGCUUAGGCGGGCUUGGGUGUUCCUUCAAGUGGAGAAUCGUGGCAGGUUCUCAGUUGAAAGGCUACUGGCCCUCCACGAGUAUACCAGGAAGGUCUCGCGCGUUCGGGUGUUUCUUGUAUGCGUUGGGACUCCAUUGCCGAUGGUAGGAUUUGUACUCGCGCUCGAGUGCGCCCCCCUUCAAGACCCGAAUGCUGGAUGGGAAGACAACUACGGUCUGUGGAUACGCUGCGUCGUCAUCUGUGGUGUCAUCGCCUACACGAUGCUCGUGGAGCUGAGGAACGUAGUUGAGGCUGUGGCGAUAUCUAUUAGACAGGUAAUUCUUGUACUGAUCUGCGCCAUGAUCGGAAAUACGACGCUGUGUAUGGUUGUUGCUGGAAGUCUGGCGUUCCCGAUUCCGUUUGUGAGCGCCCUGAUGGUGCCUACACUGCUGGGAAUCGUUGCUGGGUCCCUCAGACUGGCAUUGGGC